CGAUGGCCAGCCCACCUACCACACCAGCCUACACCAGCCAUAGUUCCACGGCGGCACCAACACCUCGUUCAGAGACUCCAUUCGCAUCUUCGCCUGCAAAGCGUCAAAAGCUUGUCAAGGAUGCCGCCGUCUUCUCGCGUGGUACCGUCAGAGGACAGGUCAACUACCCACCCUACGAAUGCUCCGAGAGGAGCACAUCCCUCACGACCCAACAACAGAUCGAACUCGCUCAAAAGCACAAAGAGUUCUCCGUCUAUCCAUCAGGUAGCAAAGGCAACUUCAUCUCAUGCUAUGUCCGCCACAUCCCAUACUCAAGUGAGAAGAAGAGCUUCCUGAACAAGACCGGCCGAGACGCUUUCGAUGGUACGUACCUUGACCAUCGUCGCUUGGUGAA